GCGGUAGCUGGGCAGCGCCAGUGGUGUCGAGAGGAGUGAGCUACGAUGGUCAUCAUCAAGGAGUACCGUGUGGUUUUACCCUGUAGUGUUGAGGAGUAUCAAGUGGGACAGCUGUUCUCUGUGGCUGAAGCAAGUAAAAAUGAGACGGGUGGUGGUGAGGGCAUUGAGGUACUCAGGAAUGAGCCCUAUGAAAAAGAUGGAGAGAAAGGACAGUAUACACACAAAAUCUACCACUUAAAGAGUAAAGUCCCAGGGUUUGUCAGGCUGUUAGCCCCUGAAGGCUCCCUGGUAUUCCAUGAAAAAGCCUGGAAUGCCUACCCCUACUGCAGAACCAUUGUGACGAAUGAGUAUAUGAAAGACAAUUUCUUCAUUAAGAUUGAGACGUGGCACAAACCAGACCUUGGAACACAAGAAAAUGUGCACAAACUAGACUAUUCCACAUGGCAGAAUGUAACUGUUGUGCCCAUUGACAUCACAGACAGAAGUCAAGUGUCCUCUACUGACUACAAGCCAGAUGAGGAUCCCUACCUGUUCAAGUCCGUUAAGACGGGCAGAGGACCUCUUGGGCCCAACUGGAAGAAAGAGCUGGUUAGUAAGCCUGACUGCCCAAGGAUGUGCGCCUACAAACUGGUCACAGUCAAGUUCAAGUGGUGGGGCCUGCAGACCAAAGUAGAGAACUUGAUCCAUGAGCAAGAGAAGAGGAUCUUCACUAACUUUCACCGCCAGCUCUUCUGUUGGAUCGAUAAGUGGGUGGACCUGACUAUGGAUGAUAUCCGGCGGAUGGAGGCAGAGACACAGAGAGAGUUGGAUGAACUUCGCAAAAAGGGUGAAGUCCGAGGAACCAGUGCUGCAGACGAAUGAAAAGGCAACGGAUUUUAAACACCCACGAUGACAGCAGCGAUGGUCCUUCGGUGCCACUUUUUACCUUAACUGAUUCAGGCUGUGGAGGAUGGGGCACUGCUACCUGCAAUCAAUAGAGCGGAUCCCUGACUUGCACCCAAUCAUAGACAUUCUAUCCACUGAGGAAUUGAUUUCUAGAAACCAACACGAUCCUAGCUGAUAAGACUCUGGUUAAUUUUGAUCUCCUGAGCAGAGGAAGGCCAGGUAUCGGCAUCAUGUUAUUGACAAGACGAAGCCUUGAGCGAUAUGAAGAGGAGCUGCUUCCAAUAGAGAGAAUUUUUACAAAAGCAGUUUCAUUGGUUUGAUUCCACAGUGGCAGGUGUUGGACCAAAUAUUUCCCCUGUAUUAUUUCAGUUUUCCUUUUUCUUUUCUUUCUUUUGUUAAUGUUACCCUCCAAAACAUUCCUAUCAAGAUGAUGCCCUGUCUGACCUCCCUGUCUCCCUCCUUGGUUUUAACUGUACACACCGGCUCAGUGGUUUGCAUUCCCUGGCAUGAGUGUGUCUGUUUGUCAUACUCAUGUUCCUUCCUGCCACAGCCUCCAUUAAGAGAUUACUAACACCCUUGGCGCCUUGGCCCAUUGUAAUCCUUCCCCCAUCACCCCACCUUACCCAAAGCACUGCAUCUUAUUAGCACUGACAAUCAUGCCCGUACAGGUAUUCGCUCUAACUCCCGUACAGAUGUAAUAGAAACCCACACAUGCAUAUGACACAUAUACAUUGAGAACAUGAGGAUAAACAUGUGAAUUCAUUCUCACACAUACAAACACUUGCAGGUGUGGAUGCUUUUGCGGUGACUGAUCACUUAAAAGCUCAAGCUGGGCAGAUCCAUGCAAGCUUGUUCAGCUAAAGGAUGUUACUUUGGAAGUGUUUACAGCUCUGUUUUUUUUUUUUUUGUUUUUUGUUUUUUUCUCCCCUCCUCUUUCUCUUCUCCCCACACACUCCCUAUUCUGAAGACAUUCACACAUAACAUACAACACAGCAUUCACCUCCCUAACAGAUGUCCCCAGAGAAACUGCACUGAAAAACAGCCACAGAUGGUGCUACACCCCUCCGGCCUCUGUCACAAGCCAAACUGCACCGCACUGCUUGUCCCACCUCGCCCAGCCCAUCCCAGAGGCCCGUCUCACUCAUCUGGUUCUCCAAAGUUCUCUGACUCCAAAAGGCCUCUUCUUCUGCUUCAUUCUAGGUGUGUUUACAGAUUCAUAACUGCCUUAUCAGUUCCCAGUCAACACCAGCACCAUACACUGCUUGCCUUAAUCUCCUUACCCUUAUAUCUAUUGGACCUAUUAUACCUAUUGCAUCUCUGCUGCCAGCUAUUGCUCUAGCUACCUCCCUUGUUUCUGACUGACAACUUUCCUGACGCCUAAACAUUAGCACUGGCGAUUAGCUGCUGCUUGUUAGGAGUAAGUCUUGGCAGACAGCUUGAUGAGCAGAGUUGUUUUGUGAUGACUCUUUGUUUUCUUCAGGGUGUAAAAUUGCAUGUGAUUCCCUUGUAUUUUUUCUGAUACGUGUCAAAGCCUCGAGCAAGUGCCAUUCCUUCAGCAAGCAAAACUUUGUGCAUCAUGACCGUAACAGCCAGCGUGCACUGUUCCUGCUGCAAAGGGCUGCACAUUUACAUCUCUGCCUCACACCAGCCGUUUGAUGGAUACGCCACCUUCAUGACACUUUCAACUCCAUAGUGCACUUUCUCCCCAUAGGCUUCAGAAUCAUGUGGCACUGGCCUACAGUGUUGAUCAUCACUUGUGUUACAUACAUGUACAGUACAAGUGGUUUCCUCAUCUGAUUCUUACUGGUCUUCUUUGAGUGUUAGUGUUUUUGUUUUUUUUGUUUUUUCUGGUGUGUCAUUGUCUUAAAUUGUGCAACAGGAAUUAUGGAUUUAUUUUUAGAGAUCUAUUUUCCACAUUUUUAAGACGCUGAUAUAAUGAAAUCUUCUGGGUUCAUAUAUUCUAAUGUUUUUAUUUUCAGUCAGUCUCAUGAGGGAACGUGAUCACUUCCUCAGUAAUGGGUUAUUGGCUUGUCCAAAGAGCGUAAAUGGAUUUCUGAUAUGUUUACAUGUAUUCUGCGAUUGUAGGUUGUUGUUUUGUUUUUUUCUAAUAGGAAAAAUUGGAAGCAAAUUUCUGAGGCAACAUUUUUCAAAACAACAAAAUCUUCUCAGGUGAACAAUACCAUACAAGGAUCUUUUUGAUAUUGUUGCUCAUCAAAACCAUUGACUUCCUUUCACCAUUUCCUUUUCUGCGGGAAAUAUGGUGUUAGUUUCAGUAUGAUGGGAGGUGGUUGUGAUACAGUCUGGUCCAUUUUACUCCAGUAUAUGAGACAGCCCGUCGAUCUUUGUAACUGUACUGAGAUUGUGUGCGUGUGUUUUUCAAAGUGCGAAAAAAAAAAAAUUGUCUUCAGUGUAAUCAAUGUUUCCAAGUCUAUCUUAAUGAUUCCUGCUGUCUGUUGAAUAGAGAACCCAGUGGCUAAAGAGAAUAACGUAAAUCAAUGGUUUCAGUUUGCCAUCUGUCAAGACAGUGACAUAGGGGAGAGGAAGUAUUCACAAAGCAACUGUACAGUCUUAUCCUAAUUUAUGAAAUCUGCAACUGUUUAAUUUCUGGACCGCUUGCUUUUAAAUGUUUCUGAUCAGCUUUUGAAAUUCAGGGGACACGGUAGUGAAUGUAUGACAUUUUGUGCCUUUUCUUUCUGUAGAUCUUUGUGUGCCAUUAAGUCUUCAUAUUGUAUCUAAAUAUCAAAUAAAUUUUGUCUGGAAAAUAA